CACACCGGAAGAAGUAGUUCUGACCCGGAAGCUGUUUCUACAUCCGGGUCAAGAUUUCAGAGACGCUUCAGCUGCGAUCUUCUUUAGCGAGUCAGAAUGUCGGACGAGGAAGACUCGGCUCCGGCCGUGAAGAAGAGCCGCCUGUUCUACGGCAGCCUGGAGGAGAAGGAGCGGCAGCGCAUCACCAUGGAGACGGCCAGCAGCGCCACCACAGGAAGUGAUGCACUGAAGGCGGGCAUCAGAGCAGGAAACAUUAACAUCUCAUCAGGAGAGACCAUGGAGAUGGAGGAGCGUGUCAGCGAGCGCCAGCUGGAGGCGCUGGCCGAGUUCGAGCGGCGGCGCCGAGCGCGACAGAUCACCGUCUCCACCGACGACGCCGAGGUGAAGGCCGGCCUGCGAGCGCUGGGAGAGCCAAUCACGCUGUUCGGAGAGGGGCCGGCCGACCGCCGAGAGAGGCUGCGCAGCGUUCUGUCCGUGGUCGGUCCGGACGCCUUGAAGAGAAAGGACGAAGAGAGAGCCAAGAGGUCACGGGACGAGUGUCUGCAGACGUGGUACCAUGAAGGCCCCGCCUCCCUGAAGGAAGCUCGCCUCUGGUUGGCUAGAUAUUCUCUGCCACGGUCGAUGAGGCGUCUGGAAGCUGCACGCGCUUUGAAGGAGGUUGCCGAGGCGACAAAGACGAUCCGCCAGCAGGAGCUGCACAAGUCGCUGAGGAAUCUGAACAACUUCUGCAGUCAGAUUGGAGACGAUCGGCCAAUCAGCUUCUGCCACUUCAGUCCGGACUCCAAGAUGCUCGCCACGGCGUCCUGGAGCGGCCUGUGCAAGCUGUGGUCGGUUCCGGACUGCGCCCUGAUCCGGACCCUGAGAGGACACAACACCAACGUGGGCGCCGUGGCGUUCCGCCCGCAGGCCGGCGUCUCUCUGGACCGGUCCGACGUCAGCCUGGCGUCCUGCGCCGCCGACGGGACGGUGAAGCUGUGGAACCUGGAGAGUGACGAGCCAGUGGCGGACAUCGAGGGUCACAGUGAUCGGGUUUCCCGAGUUUCCUGGCAUCCGUCCGGAAGAUUCCUUGGAACCACCUGGUAAGAGAACCGAGACCAGAACCAGGACC